AUGUCAGACGGCACGGACACGACGGAGACGUUCAACCCCGUUGCGGACCCUCGCUUCAACCCCGCCGCCGACCCGCGCGGGACUGUCCUCCCCCUCAGCGACAGCGAGAUCGAGGCGUUUCUCGACGACCUCGACCACAACAAUGACGGCUACAUCGACUACUCGGAGAUCGAGGCCAAGUUCGACGCGGUGAACGACGAGACGCAGCCGGAGGCCAAGCCCCACCACUUGCACCACACCUCGACGGAGGAUGACGAGCGGCACGCCUUCCUGCGCAGCAUUAUCGGCUGUGACACGGGCCGCAUCAAGCGCGAGGACAUGCGAGAGCGCGUGAAGAGCUGGCGCAUCCCCAGUCUCAAGCAGGAGAAAGACGAGGAGGACAGCCAGGACGAGUACAUGCGCAAGAUUGGCUUCACGCGACGACUCCGCGCCUUCUGGGCAGUCCACGGCCCCUCCAUCGUCUUCCUCGGCAUCGUCUUCGGCAUGAUGAUUGCCUUUGGGGUCUGGCAGCUGGUCAAGUACUGCGGCGAAGCAUAUCGCAGCGCCCUUGGCUGGGGUGUGGUCGUCGCCAAGACUUGCGCUGGCAUCCUCUACCCGACGCUGUUCUUCCUGCUCCUCUCGAUGGCGCGAUACUUCUCCACGCUGCUGCGCAGGUCCUACCGUGUAUCGAGGUUCAUCAACUGGGACCUCUCGCAAGAGUUCCACAUCUACAUGGCCAUCUGGGCCACCUUCCUUGGAACGCUCCACGGCAUUGCCCACCUCGCAGGCGACUUCCUCUGGAUCGGCAACAGCUACCGGCCCGAGCCACUGGACAAUCUCCUCGGCCCGGACAGGAAGAACCUCCACACCUACCGCGACCUCGUCAAGUCGCUGCCAGGAAUCACGGGUAUCAUUGCGCUCUUCUGUUUCUUCACGAUUGGCCUCACAUCUACGCCAUGGGUGCGGAAGCGCAGCUACGAGGCUUUCCAGCUCGGCCACCUGCUCAUGUACCCCAUCAUCGCAUGUCUCAUGGCCCAUGGUACCAAGCGGAUCUUGCAGUGGCCAAUGCUUGGCUACUUCCUGGCCUUCCCAACCCUGCUCAUCUUGAUCGAGCGCACGACUCGCAUCGCCCUCGGCUUCUAUGACAUCCCCGCGACUAUCAGGAUCCUCGACAGCGAGACGGUCGAGAUCAAGACCACCAUCCCAGGCUCGCGCAUCUUCAAUUACUCGGCAGGCCAGUACCUCUUCAUGCAAGUGCCUGAGCUCAGCUUCUUCCAAUGGCACCCGUUCACAAUCUCGGUGUGUCUUGACAAGGAGGUGCAGCUGCACAUCAAGACGGACGGCAACUGGACAGGCCGGCUCCGCAAGCUGGCGACUAAUGGCGAGAAGGAGACCACGAUCAAGAUCGGUAUCGACGGGCCGUAUGGAGCGCCGGCUCAGCGCUUCUACGACUUCUCGCACACCAUCCUUGUUGGGUCGGGUGUUGGCGUCACGCCGUUCUCUGGUAUCCUCGCCGAUCUGCAGGCCCGCGAGAACAGGCUCCACGGUGGGCCCAGCGGAGGCUCGCAGGGAUCGUCACGCCGAGGAUCUCGACGCAACUCGGUCGAUGAGAAGUUCCCCAGGAGUACGUCGACGCCGCCAGUCAACUCGCGACGCAACUCGCGCAAGGGUUCAGCCGACCUCUUCCGCGUUCCGUCCGGACGGUCACUCACGUUCACGCGAUCUCGCUCGCGGCACCGUAACCCAGGACCGCCAGAGUUUGCAGAGGACUACAAGCGGGUCGACUUCCACUGGAUCGUGCGCGACAAGAACCACCUGCUGUGGUUCUCCGACCUCCUGAACUCGAUCGGUCGCUCGCAGGUUUGGCAUAAGAAGCAUGAUGGACUCGAGAACCCACACCUCGACAUCCGUAUUCAGACGCACGUCACACAGGCACGCAAGCAGAUCUCAAACCACGUGUACCGCUGGCUGCUGGAACUCUACCGCACCCCAGAGCAUCCCGAGUCGCGACUCACAGGUCUCAUCAACCCCACACACUUUGGCCGACCCGACUUUGUCCGCAUCUUCGACGAGUACUACGAGGACAUGCUCCGCUACCGCACCCAGUACGGGUUUGACCGUACUGGAGAUGGUAAGAACGACCGCUUCAAGGUUGGGGUCUUCUUCUGCGGCUCGCCGGUAGUUGGUGAGAUGAUCGCUGAUAGAUGUCGAACUCUCACGGCCAGAGGGAGAGAGGACGGCUCCCGAAUCGAGUUCUUCUUCUGCUUGGAGGUCUUUGCUUGAUCACAUAGAGUGAUGUAAGUUCAGUGCGGU